CUCGACACUGCUGUUUCUCCGUGCUGAUCGGAUCCCUGCGAUUGGUGCUCUCUUACGCGUUUUAGUUUUUUUUUCCUUCUUUGACCUUAAAAUGUUCCAUCCUAUUGGUUAUUUCUCUUCUAUCCAACAUAUGGUCAGUUGACGGUGGAUUUGUUUGGAUACAUAGAUAGGGGUUAGGCAUCUUGCUCAAGGUAGCCUACAGUCGGAUCGCAGAUACUGAAGUUUGAAGUGGAUUGGCUGGGAGUCCAACACCCUAACCAACACGAGACCUUUCCUGCCCCAGUCUCCUAUCUUCAUCAGUGGGCUGAAAGAGACAUCCUCACUGGUCUACAGCUCUUGGGAAUGGGGUACCGUGGGUCAUAUGUGUUGUUGAAAACGUGCUAACACUAACGUCUCCACAGGAAAUUCCACAAAUCCAUCAUGCUUUCAUAAGUUUUUUUUUUACCACAAUUCCAACGUCAUGUUCACACCUACCGGAUCCUUCCGGAUGCUGAGGGUCUGCUGGCAGUGCAGACCAUGCAGGGAGUUCAGGUCAACUGUUUCCGUACACUGGAGGAGCUGGUGAUGGGCUACCAGCACCCCCAUAAAGGCCUGGUCACCCCGCUGCAGUACCCUGUGAGCCGUGUGACCGACCCUGGAGACGAGAGCUCAGACGAAGAGAAGCCCGCUCCUGUGCCGGCCUCCUUCAACACCGCAGCCUCUUCCACAGCAGCCCAGGCGAGGACGCCCUCUCACCUCCCCUUCCUCCAUAAGUUGCAGGAACUCAACACAACCAGCAUCUCAGGAGACGUGAUGGGACUGCUCACUGACUACCUCCACAAGGAUCUUCCUCUGGACAUUGAGAGUGUGUUUAAAGGGGCUACGUGCUUACGCAACCUGCAACACACACUAGGCACGACCUGCCAAGGCCUCAACAGUGAAAUUGACCUCACGCUCUCGAGUCUAGAGACACUGGCCAAGGUGUUUGACCAUCCAACCAGUCCACUCUGCAACAAGUCACAGGGCCCGGAGAUGGAGCUUGACAGUCUGCUGUGUAAGAUCUCAGCAUUGGUCAGCCUGCUGUCUUCUCUGGAAAAAAGGGUUUUGAAAGCGCUGCAAGAUGCAGUGACCAAUCACAAUCUAGCAGUCCAACCUGCCCCCCCUCCUCCGGAACCACCGGCUGUGACGGUGAACACCGCCAGGAGCAACGCCAGGCCCCUGCCCGUCCACGCAUUCCAGGUCAAGAUGGCGCGCUACGGCCGGCAGACCGUCUCCGUGGACGUGGACACCGGAGUGCUGCUCUUUGACAAGAAGACAGGGACUUUUGGCGUGGAGACCAUCUCCCACGAGCGGGUUCUGCAGGUGGUCCAGUUCCACGCCAGCCCUGCUAAGCUGCGCCUGGCGGUGGACGGUCACCACAGCACGCCACGGGAGCUCACCUUCCAGAGCGCCAGGAAACGGGAGGCCUUCUGCAUGCUGCUCCAGCUGAUGAAGACCAGACACGCCAAGCUGGGAGAGCCCGACCUGCUCUCGGUGUUCGUCGGCACCUGGAACAUGGGAGGGUCUCCGCCGCCCCGGGACCUGACCUCCUGGGUGACCUGCUGUGGUCUGGGUCGCACCCCGGACGAGUCCACCGCCUCGCUGGCCCACGACGUCUACGCCCUCGGCACACAGGAGAACCCCCAGGGGGAGAGGGAGUGGACGGAGCACCUCCGCACCACCCUGCGCGGCUGCACCCACCUGGACUACAAACAGGUGGCAGUGCAGUCCCUCUGGAACAUGAGGCUUGUGGUUUUGGUAAAGCCUGAGCACGAGGGCCGCAUCAGCCACGUGAACACGGCCAGUGUGAAGACCGGCCUGGGAAACACACUGGGAAACAAGGGAGCCGUUGGGGUCUCCUUCCAUUUCAAUGGAACAUCUUUUGGCUUUGUCAACUGCCAUCUGUCCUCUGGCAGUGAGAAAGUAAUAAGGAGGAACCAGAACUUUGUGGACAUUCUCCGGCUGCUCUCGCUGGGAGACAAACAGCUCAACGCCUUCGACAUCAGCCUGCGCUUCACCCAUCUCUUCUGGUGCGGCGACCUCAACUACCGACUGGACCUGGACGUGCAGGACAUUCUGAAGCACGUAUCCAAGAGGGAGUUUGAGGAGCUGAUGUGUGCAGACCAGCUUACCAGAGAGAGACAGAAGAACAAGGCUUUCCUCAACUUCAAGGAAGAGAAGAUUUGCUUUCCACCCACAUACCGUUACGAGAGAGGCUCUAGGGGAUGCUACCUGUGGCAGAAGUACAAGACGUCAGGGGUGCGAGUCAACGUGCCAUCGUGGUGUGACCGGGUUCUGUGGAGGACCUAUCCAGAGGCUCACCUUAACUGCACCUCUUAUGGUUGUACCGACGACAUCUUCACCAGUGACCAUUCGCCUGUGUUCGGCACAUUCGAAGUCGGGGUGUCAUCACUGCCCGGUUCAAAAACAGCGGACCAAAAGUCAAGCACCGAGAGGGCCCGGAUAGAGCUGGAGAGGCUGGAAGCCAUCGUGAAGACUGCGAGCAAGUCCAAGUUCUUUGUGGAGUUUCACUCCGCUUGUCUGGAAGAGACACGUCGGUCUAGUGAGAAUGACUCACAGAGCUGUGAUGUGCCCGGUUUCCUCAAGCUCGGCUGGUCAGCCAAGCAACUGCCGAAGCUGCUCCCUGUUGCAUCGGAUGUGGACUAUCUGCAAGAUCAGCACCUGCUGUUGUCCAUCAAAUCAUGUGAUGGCUUUGAGUCAUAUGGAGAAUGCUGUGUGGCCCUGCGGUCACCGAGCGGCCCGCUGGAGCAAUUUGAAACCUUUCUGAGCCAUCGGGGCGAGGAGAUGGGCACCAUCAGAGGCCAUGUCAAAGUUCACGUGCCCGCAGACUACAGACGAGCAGCCAGGUCAAAGAUCUACGAGUGUUUCUGCUUUGAGAAGGACGACAAGGGUCCAGGAAGGGGUCCCCCAGUGGCUCUGCCGUCCAUCCAGGCCCUCGUCCACAAUCCUUCCCAUCCAAAGCCAAGCAGCUACACCAACCCCGCCUACUUCAUCUUUGAGGGCAUAUCCGUGGCCCCCAGGGCGGCGGACCCCCCGCCCAAACCAAGAGCCCCCCAGGUGGUCUGGUCAGGGGACGAGGCGCUGCAGCUUCCCAAACUCACCGCCGCCGGGAACGCCCCAGACGGGAAAUCCGCUCGCAGGUCCAACUUCACCGAGAUCGAGAUCCCAAACGCGCCGUCGCCCUACUCCCAAAUCAAUGACCUCCACCUGCACCAUCACACUAACUCCUCCAACUCCUACCAGCUGUUCCCCUCCAAAUCCCCACCUCCUCUACCCCCGGCACAGAGUCAAAGCAUCGCGCACGCCCACGAGCAUCUUCCACAGGCCAAAGCCAAGGGCCCGGGGGUGGCUCCAAUGGUGGCUCACACCCCCGCACCGGGGAAGAACCUGGCCAGCAUGUACGUCAACCACCCGGCCAUCCCCAGGGAGAGCCCCAGGAGGGAUCCUCCCAUGCCUCCCCCAGAGAGGGCCGGUCCUCUCCAGGGCCUGAAGCACCCGUCUCUGUUCCCCUACGCCUCUACCCGCUUGCCACUAGCCUGCAAGGCCUCCGCUCCCUGGAAGGUGGAGCAGCAGCAUCGGCAGCAGCAGCACCAGCAACACGCAGCGAGACCUGCGGGGGACCACUCCCUGACCGCCCUGCAGAUCGCCAAGUCCCUCAGUGAGAUGGACUUCUUCCCCCCGGACAUGGGCAGCCAGUAUGUAGCACAGCAGAGGUCGGGACAGAGGAACGGCCCCGGCACGCCGGCGGAGAGGGGCUACUGCAGGGAGAAUGAGGUGUCGGUCCUGCGCGGUGCGCCGGAGACAGUGCGGGAGCUUCUCGGGAUGCUGGGCCUUCAGAAAUACACACUGGGACUCAGUCUGCACGGCUGGGACGACCUUGAUUACUUCAGUGGAAUCACGGAGGAGGACUUGCGCGCCGCAGGGGUCUUGAACCCAUCUCAUCGCCGCAGGAUCCUGGAAAACCUGCCCCGGAUCCUGGAGAACCUUCCCAGCAUCUGGAACUAAACCCUUUGCAGAAUCACAAAAGAGACUAAAGACAGCGAGGUUCAGAGGUCCUCGUUAAAAACCUCUACAUUCACUCUGCAAAUACUGUCACCGGGCCCUGUCUGCACACGUGCACACACACGAUGUUCAGGGUCCGUUCAGGCCACCAUUACAUUCCCAUCGCUCUGUCAAGCGGUCCACCUUCCUCAUGAGAGAUGUUUAUUCAAAUCGUGGUGUCAAGAUGUGUCUCGUUUAAUACUGUGACAUGUUCAAAUAUUGAUAAUGGAUUUGAAGCCACGCAGGUUUUGUUAAAUUACUUUGUAAAAAGCGCACUGCCUCACUUUGAAUGCAUUCAUUCAUGGCUGAUGUUUAACAUUGGUACGGACCGCCUCCUGGAUGUUCUUUCUGUUGUACUGUCAUUGCUUGUAAAAGAGGGAGUUAAUUACAGUCACGGUGUCCAGAAACGGCAGUAUAGCUGUAACGCGAUGACGGGGGUGGGGACAACCUUCAGGAUCUCCUGUUUACCGUCUGAUACUGUGCUGCUAUUGCUAUCUUGUCACUUAAUCUGUGCCUGUGUCAUGUUUUAACUGGGAGACCUAAGGCAGCUUUUCCCUGUGACUGAACAAUCAAUGAGGUCCAUUUAGGCUGCCAUGCAACGGCGAGCGAGCAAAGCAAAUUCACUUCAUGUAUGUUCCGUGUUCAUGGACCCCUGACGUAGAUCAUUGCACUUGGCUGGUGAAAUGAAUUUUGGUUAACCUUUACAAUCAUGUUAUCGUACUUCUCUCAUUCCGGAAUAAGUGAUGUUUCUGCUAAUGUAUGACAUAAUGUACCACACAUUUUGGAAGGUCCAAUCCGAGAAACAAAUGUUGCAACAGAUUGAUUUGCUUUGCAUGUUAAUAUUGACUUGAUAUAAAUCCACCAAACAACCCAAAUACUUCUCCAAUCUCUUUCUUACACCUUGACCACAUGUUGUA